GUCUUUGGAAAUUCGUGUUUUCCAAAUCCGUGGACGACCUAAGACCUCCCCCUAGCAAGUGACGCAGAUCCAGGGCCUUGUCACAUCGAAUUCCCGGGAACCUUCGUUUGGCCGCUGAGAAAGAGAACUUGCCAAGUAAAGCAUAUCUUCUUUCGGCGGCUUUACUCCGAUGAUUUCCUUUUGCUAACGGAUCUAUUUUUCCCUUAUUCCCUCCUUCACCUCCAAGCUCUGAGAUAGAGAGAGCUGCGCUCUAAUGGCGAAGUGUUUCAGCAUCACCGCGUCAGCGGAUCGGUGUUUAAGAUACUCCUUCGCCUACGCCGGUCUUCGGUCAACGACGACCGAUCUCAAGGACGGCACAGUCAUGCACUGCUGGGUCCCAAAAACCCACAAACAGUCCAAACCCACUCUCCUCCUCAUUCACGGAAUUGGGGCAAACGCAAUGUGGCAGUGGAACGAGUUCAUCUCCCCCCUCGCCGCGCGCUUCAAUGUCUACGUCCCCGAUCUCAUCUUCUUCGGCAACUCGUACACGACCCGGCCCGACCGGUCCGAGUCGUUCCAGGCCCGGUCUGUGAUGGCGGUGAUGGAGGCGCAGGGGGUGCGCAAGAUGAGCGUGGUGGGCAUAAGCUACGGCGGGUUUGUUGGGUACAGCUUGGCGGCGCAGUUUGGGGAAAGGGUGGAGCGGCUGGUGUUGUGCUGCGCCGGGGUGUGCUUGGAGGAGACGGACAUGGAGGAGGGGAUGUUCAAGGUGUCGAGCGUGGAGGAGGCGGUCAGCGUUUUGCUGCCGCAGACGCCGGAGAAGGUGAGGGACUUGAUGCGCAUUUCGUUCGUGAAGCCCCCAGAGAACCUGCCGUCUUGCUUCCUCAAUGAUUUCAUCGAAGUGAUGUGUACAGAAAAUCUUCAAGAAAGAAAAGAAUUAAUUCAAGCUUUACACAAGGAUAGAAGGCUGUCUGAUCUUCCCAAGAUAACUCAGCCCACUCUAAUAAUAUGGGGAGAACAUGACCAGAUAUUCCCGAUUGAAUUGGCACACAGAUUAAAAAGACAUGUGGGUGAGAACGCACGAUUAGUAAUCCUAAAGAACGCAGGGCAUGCAAUCAAUAAAGAGAAACCCAAGGAGCUCUACAAGCACAUGAAGUCAUUCCUUGUUGGUCCACUACCUCCUAAGCAAGAGAAUAAAAGCAAUGGCAGCAAGGUGGACUGACUAUUUCCAUAUCCGAGUUCACUGGGUGAACUUAUCCAGAAGUGAAAAUAGAUUAUGACAAUUCAUAUUUCUUAGCCCAGCAUGCAUUUCUGGAAUCAUGAUGGUUGUGCAUUGCAAUACAACUAUAAUAAGCCUGUGAAAGUACUAGAUACUUGAGCUAGGUAUGAGGACAAAUAUACAAACGACGCAGAUUUUUUAUUGAUGAUUUGAUCAGCCCACCAGAAUCCUGCUAAAUUUUGUGGAAAACUCUUGGUUGUGAAAGUGGUAGAAGAGAAGUGAGCCAUUACUUUGGAUAUAUUUCUAUUACUGAAGAUCUUUUGUUUUUAGAGCAUGUUGAAGAAGAAUGAAUGGCGGUAAUGACUUUAUAUUGUCGAAUGGUAUGAAUACUCGAGUGAAUAACUAGGAAGAAAGGUGGCAUCAUGCUCUGUUUUAAGUAGGUAUCUUAUUGAACUCGUCUGUGUUUUCUAUUGCUACCUCAGUUGUAAUCAAUGAAUGGUGGUAAUGACUUUAUAUUGUCCAAUGGUAUGAAUAUUUAAGCUGAGUGAAUAACUAGGAAGAAAGGUGGCAACAUGUUGUUUUAA